UAGCUGAGCUCAGGAGUAGGGAGAGAGCGGGAGCAAGUGAGCUUGUGUGGAAGAAGACCAACACCAUCAACUUCCAUCAACGACCCUGGACCACACAGAACACCAACGAGACAUUAUGGAGAUGGAUUGGGGGUAAGGCCCUGCGACAGACUUGUGUCCUAUCCAGGGGGUGUACAUCAAGCUGCCUCAUGCUACAAAAACAGGAGAUAGGCUCCUGCCCUAUGGGCCAUUGUGGCUUGGACAAGCCCAUCACCACCCAGACCAGAAACAGUAUUGACCAGAAAUACAGAGAUGUUAGUGCUUUGCACCAGACAACCAGUGAUUCUACGGCCAGCCGCAGAACGCGUCGCCCCCGAGUAGCUGAGCUCAGGAGUAGGGAGAGAGCGGGAGCAAGUGAGCUUGUGUGGAAGAAGACCAACACCAUCAACUUCCUUCAACGACCCUGGACCACACAGAACACCAACGAGACCACUGGACACAGUUUGCACAAGUGCACCGGAGAGGCUUGUGUUAUGGUCAGCUUGGAACCCACUGCUACCCGGGUAGCUACAAACAACACUAACCAACUCAGUGGCCUUGUCGUUAGCGUGUCCUCCCUGAGAUUGGAAGGUCGGGUGGUUUAUCCGCGGUCCAAUCAUACCAAAGACUCUAAAAACGGGACCCGGUGCCUCUCAGCUUGGCACACAUUAAGGAGAUGGAUUGGGGGUAAGGCCCUGCGACAGACUUGUGUCCUAUCCAGGGGGUGUACAUCAAGCUGCCUCAUGCUACAAAAACAGGAGAUAGGCUCCUGCCCUAUGGGCCAUUGUGGCUUGGACAAGCCCACCACCACCCAGACCAGAAACAGUAUUGACCAGAAAUACAGAGAUGUUAGUGCUUUGCACCAGACAACCAGUGAUUCUACGGCCAGCCUCAGAACGCUUCGCCCCCGAGUAGCUGAGCUCAGUAGUAGGGAGAGAGCGGGAGCAAGUGAGCUUGUGUGGAAGAAGAUGGUGGAAGUGAUUAAUGGGGCAGAAGAGAGGAGGAUAGAGGCUGCAUGCUGCAUGUUUCUGGCUCUCUGCUGCUGGUUGUACGGAAUGGGCCUGCUGCUCACCAUCAGUGUGAGAGGACUACUGCAGAUAAUGGUCGCAUUAGAGCUCCAUGGAGAUGAGCAAAAGGAGAGAGGAGCUGAGAGGGAGACAGACAGCUGUAAAGAUGCUCAAACCGCACCAGUUUUGGUGACCACCCGUGGUUCAACUAAGAAGAGAGCCCGCCGCCUCCGCCGUCAGUCCAACAAGGGGAAACACUGAAUAACGUGCCCAUACAGGACAUUGUUCAUUUGCAUUCCAAAUAAUACAAUAUCAUAUUUUCUAAUAAAUGAUACUUGUUUUAGCAUCA